CAUUACAAACUAUUUAUAUAUCUUCCACGAUUUUCCCCUUAAAGCAGCUCCCUGGGAUAACGUGCGAUUGGCUUCACUUGUCAUCCGAGAAUCAGGGUUAGCUGGUGUGCGUAUGUGUGUUUAUUCACAGAGCACUGGCUGUUAAAGAGCGAUUGAUCCAGACCGCUUUUAAAGACCCUUGCUUUUUUGGAAGCUGUUUACUUUGAAAUCGAAGGUGCUUUGGAUAUAAUUCCAGCCUCUUGGAAUCUGAAACCCUGCUACCAUGGAUCAUACAAUAUUUAGCUGCCUGCGUAGCUCACAUGCCCCAGCCCAGAGCCUGCACCAAUUCUCUCAGUCUCCACUAGCUCUUCAUGGAAGAUCAGACCAUGUGGCUUUUCCAGACCUGUCUUCUUCUUGUAUCAUAACUGGAUUUCCUAAUGAAGAAAACAUGUUUACAGCCCAGCGUCAUCAUCAUCACCUACAUCAUCACCACCGAGGCCAUCCACAGCAGCAACAGCAGCAGCAACAGCAAGCGGCUGCCCAGGCUACCUGGCACAUCCCCCAGAUUUCCUCGCCCCCUCCCCUGGCCAGGCACACACUCUGUAUCCAGUCGGAAUCAGGACCCCCAGAACUGGGCUCGAACCCUUCAAGCCUGGUGGACAGCAAUCCGAGCUUGGCCCCCAACAACCCCAACGCGGGGUCCUGUGUUUCUGGAGAUUACGGGAGGCCAGCAGUCACUCCUGUGGAGACAGAGAAAAGGAAUUCCAAGAGGAAAAGUGACGGCUCAGAGACACAAGAAUGCAGCUACAAGGGAGAGAUGAACAGCAAACCCAGAAAGGAAAGAACAGCCUUCACCAAAGAACAGAUUCGGGAAUUGGAAGCUGAAUUUGCUCAUCACAACUACCUGACCAGGCUGAGAAGAUAUGAGAUAGCAGUAAAUCUGGAUCUCACUGAGAGACAGGUCAAGGUAUGGUUCCAGAACCGGAGGAUGAAAUGGAAACGUGUUAAAGGAGGCCAACAAGGAGCUGUCGCAAGGGAAAAAGAACUGGUUAAUGUGAAGAAAGGGACAUUACUGCCCUCUGAGCUCUCUGGCAUCUCCACGUCAGGAGCUCAUCAUGCUGGAGACAUUCUAUCAAAUGAUGAAAGCCAAGACAGUGAUCAUAGCACUGAACUCGGCCACUUGUGAUGUACAAAGAAAGAAAACACCUUGACAGAUUCUCAGGAAAGAAAUGGCAUGAGGAGAAUGCAAACAACAUUGUCUUACAGCCUCUGUGUGAAUGACUCCUUGUGGACAUAGUGCAAACAUCAGAGCCUCUGAACAUUCCAUAUUUGCAUAUGACAAUCAGACAGUUUGCAAGUUUAUGCCUUGACUUCCACUGUAAAUAAGAACAGGAAUUAAUGCAAAAAAGCAAAAGAAAUAUUAUCAGAAAUUCAAGAGAGAACAAUAGGGAAGGUUUCUUCUAUGUAAUCAGUGAAGCAAAAUAAUAAACACAUUUACAAAUAAUUCAAUCUUGCCACAGAAGAAAUCUUCACCCAGUAAUAGGAAAUGUAGCAAUUCAAUGUAAUUGAAAUUUAAAAAUAGUGCUUUGAAAGAGACAGCUAGAAAAUGCAGUCACCUUCACCAGUAUUCUUAAACAUCGGUGCAAUACUUAUUCAAAUAGAAAAAUAACUUGUUAGACAGCAGCAACACACAAGGCAUUGAUAUUUAUAGGAUUGCCAUGUCAUGUAUUUUAAAACCUGCUGAAGUUAGUAAAUAUUUGGCCAGAUCAACAAAAGCUUGAAACUUUGAUAUACUGCUACUCUAGUGAAUGAUACCAAAGUCAUGCAGUAAUAAUAAAGGCUUAAUUUGUUGCCCUGUCAGUAGUCAUUUCAUACAUAUCAGAGAUAUCAAUCAAAAGUCAACUGUGUUGGAAAUAUUAAUAUUAUUUCCAAGGCUAAAUUUUAUCAAAUUCUAUCAAGUAAAUGAAAAUAAUAUGUAACUAGUUAUUAGCAGAAUGUUAAAUAAAAAUUGAAAUGUUCAGUGCAGCCCAAGGUUCAAAUAUUGUUUCCUUUUUCAUUGUUCUUAUUCAAAGAUCAAACAGAAAGUCCUGUUUCCAUUCUGUUUUUGUCAAAUUAUUUUUACUUCAGUUAUUAAUAACAGUCAAACACACGUAAUGAAAAACAAAGUGUAAUUGGAAAUUUGAUAUUGAUCAAUAAAGACCAUUAGUUUAACUAAUUAGUUAUCAGUCUUAGCCAAGUGACGAUAAAAACAGUUUCAUCUAGUGUUAUCAAAAUAACCUAUUGGCAUUGUCCAACAUUUGAGAAGUUUUUUAGAGUACUUCUAAAAUGUAAAAUGUUGAUAAUGCAAUUUUUUGCACUGAUGUUUAAUCCAUGUCAAGGUUAGGUGAUGUAAAACAUGAAUGUCUAAUAGCAUCCUGGAAUUCUUUUUGGCCCUCUCAUGCUUAAUAUUUCUGUUUGGGAAGAACUUUCAAUACAAAUGAUAGAUUUAUUAAGUAGAUCGUACAUAUUUUAUUGAGAUGUAAUAAACUGUUGAAUAAUGUGCACAUCUAACCCAACCAAAUUUCAAUCAAUGUCUUCUCUAUGGUAUUUAAUGUAGUAUAAUGGGUACUCAGGAGUGAAAUACAAGGUUGUACCUCAAUUGAAAAUUGAGGAUAUAAUUCCUGAUCUACCAGGAAGUAGAGAGAUAUGAGCUUGAUGCCAGAAUAGGGUUGAGUUACAACUGGGUUGUGGGUUUUGUAUGUAAUGCUUAAUGACAGGGUGGACUAGAUGGCUGAAUGUUUUCAUUCCUAUAUUAUGUAUAAGUAGUAAAAGUAAGACCAGAAAGGUUUACAAAUGCUGUCUGAUUCAGAGAUUAGGUUACAGCUUUUACCUCACUCCUGCUGGUAUGUUUUAUUAUAUUUACUGUGUAUGAUAUUUUGGUAAAAAUCGUCAAAUUGACAUUUUGAGUGUGUUCCUAAUGUGGUUAUGCAUUCCUUCACAGGUUAACAGGUGAAUAACUUGCAAUGGAUUGCAGGAAAAUUUCAUACACAAUAUAUAUUAUCAUAUUUUCUGUAGUACCAAUGUGCUUCAUACAUCAAUCAAAAUAUAUAAAUAGUUGUAAAUAAUGUUUUAAACUUAGAGUUUCAUGAAUUACUUGGUAAAUAUGACUCAAUGUUCUGAGUAAAUGAUUAUGUGUUAAUUCUGAGAAAGUCUGAUUCACAGUGAGUUCAGCAUUGCAGUAGUGCUGCACAUUAGUCUUCUAAAAUAGAACAUUUGACAGUGAUAGAAAUAUGCUUUCAUAAAUCUGGAUAUGCAAUCCCAGGAAAAGAUUUUGCCUCAGCAACUGUGAUAUUUAAAAUAACAAAUGACCAGAGAAAGGAUGAAAACAUCGUUGGUAUAAAAAACAUAUCUGGUUUGAUGUUCAAAGCUUCUGUGUAAGAAUUGCAGGAAUGUAAUAAAUGGGAUUGUCUUCAAAAAA